AUGGCUCCUACCACGCCCGUCAAGAUUAUUCUUGGUACGCAUACAGUUGGAGAUAGCGCUAAAUCUCCCGGUAUCGCACAUUUCGAUGGCGAGAAGGACGUUCAAAGCCUUUUGAGUGCGUUCUUCGAACGCGGGUAUCGGGACAUUGACACAGCCUCAAACUAUCCAGGGUCAGAGAGGCGCCUGGGAGCUAUUGGAGUCCCCUCCCGAUUUAUUGUCCAUACGAAAGUCCAGAGCGGUCAGCCCGGAGACCAUACAACUGCAAAGAUUGAGCUGAGCGUCAAGAAAUCUCUUGAUGCACUCCAGACUCCCACUGUCGAGACGAUGUUCUUGCAUGUGCCUGACCGCGAGACCCCCUUCGAGGAAGCGAUAAAGACCAUGAAUGACGCUUUGAAACAAAAAAGUUUUAAGCAGUAUGGACUUUCAAACUACUCUGCAGCGGAGGUGCAGGGGAUCAUCGAUAUAUGUGAACAGAAUAAAUACGUCAAACCUGCAGUAUACCAAGGACAUUACAAUGCUGUGGUGAGAGGAGGCGAAAAAGAACUAUUCCCGCUUUUGCGGAAACAUGGCAUCUCCUUCUUUGCCUACAGCCCUGCAGCAGGUGGAUUCUUCUCCGGCAAUACCCCGAAUGCCAAUUCGGCGCGAUGGAAGAGUGAGAAUUUCGUCGGAAAACUGUAUAACUCCAUCUAUGGUGACCCCGCCGUGCUAGCAGCAGUGGACACCAUCAAAGAAGCAACCAAGAAGCACAACAUAAGCGGACAUGCAGCUGCGCUGCGCUGGACAGCGUUUCACAGUGUGUUGGACGGGAAAUUUGGCGACGGACUGAUCUUUGCAGUCUCCAAGAUGGACCAGCUUCACGACACCCUUGAUGCAUUGGAGGCUGGUCCGCUUCCAGAUGAUCUUGCUCAAGAAAUAUCAGCCAUAUACGAUAAACUCAAUGGCAAGGGGCCGGCUUAUCAUCUCUAG